CAAUUAAUAUCUACUAUGUAUAAAGAGCUCCUACAAGUCAACGACAACAACAACUACACUCAGUUCAAAAAUGGAAAGGAUGUGGCUUUUUUUCGCCGCCAUCCUGCUCUGCGUGGCUGGCUGCUUCUCGCCAUGUCUUCUCACAAGACUUUCAGAAUCAAGCGAUUCCUGGCCAAGAAACAAAAGCAGAAUCGUCCCAUUCCCCAGUGGAUUCGGAUGAAAACUGGUAAUAAGAUCAGGUACAACUCCAAAAGGAGGCACUGGAGAAGAACCAACCUGGGUCUGUAAGGCGUCACACGUCAU